UCGUACGGUUACUGCGGCGGAUGUUGAUGUUUUGUUUCAGAGAUCUCAGAACGAUGUGAAACUGUAUCGUCUCCGGGACUGCUCGAUAUUUUUGUGGCCGUCUUCCCCGAUACUUUUUGUCCUAUUUCUCUGUAAGGUUUCGCUGUUUGUCGGCAUCGUGUCUCUCCCGGUGUCUGUCCCGGGAAGCGCGAGGCCGAGUCGUGCGAUGAUGGAGGACUUUGAUGAGAUCUACGAAGAGGAGGAGGAGGAAGAGGAGGACGAGGACAGGGCCGCGGAAGAACAGCUCCUUAAGUACGCUCCGGACCCGGUAGUGGUGCGAGGGUCCGGUCACGUAACUGUGUUUGGACUCAGUAACAAAUUCGAGUCAGAAUUUCCUUCAGCACUUACAGGAAAGGUGGCACCAGAGGAAUUCAAAGCCAGUAUCAAUCGUGUGAACAGCUGCCUAAGAAAGACGCUCCCGGUGAAUGUGCGGUGGCUUCUGUGUGGUUGUCUUUGCUGCUGUUGCACACUGGGCUUCAGUUUGUGGCCCGUCAUCUGCCUCAGCAAAAGGACAAGAAGAUCUAUAGAGAAACUUUUGGAGUGGGAAAACAGCAGACUUUACCACAAGUUGUGUUUGCAUUGGAGACUAAGCAAAAGGAAGUGUGAAACCAACAACAUGAUGGAAUAUGUAAUCCUAAUAGAAUUCCUACCUAAGGUCCCGAUCUUCAGACCGGACUAGCCUGACUACAGCUGAUCUGAAACUUCUUCUGCUGCCUGCCGCUGUCACAGAAUCAUGAUGGCUGUAAAGUUCCCAAAUUAUUACGGUUCCUUAAAUACUCCAGCAUUUAUGUUGACAUUUAUUCUCCCUGUUUUCUCUUGGAUCCAUUCCCUAUAACAUAUCUACAGCCUUGUUUACAAAUCCAGCAGCCCCAUACUUUUUUUUUUGGGGGGGGGGUGACAUCACCAUUGAACCUUGGCCAGCUGGGCAAACCUAUAUCAGCCUAUGGGAUGUGAGGGGAGAACCAGCCGUGGACAAUUUUCUUGAUCUUUGGAACUAUACCUGGAGACUAGACUCUCACAUUGAGUUCUGCGAGCCACGACUGGAAAUUUGUCAUUUUUAUGUUUCCUAACCGAAGCACAUGGCACAGACAGACCAUGAUUAAAAAAUAUAUCAAUCAAUAAAACACUUUCAUAUGUUACACCACCAACUUCACCUGCAAAAAGUACACGCCAGUGCAUUUGUAACAGUUGGUUUGGUGCUUUCGAUUUGUUAAAGGCAGAGGAAGCAACGCAACACUGAACUUCAAAACAGCCUUCAUCCAAAUCAACGCUGUAGCGGAACGUGGGGGUCCUGCGGGAACAUGUUGGGCCAGUGGCAAAAACAGCUGAACUCAGUGUCACUAUUCAAAUACCAGGCAUCCUCUUGCCUCUUUUCACGUCACUUCACUGUGCAUCAACCUAACCCAGUGACAAUCACACACUUUGACUGUACUGUAUGAAUGGGUCUUUAUGCUACACAGGCUACGUGGAACAGUUUGUUUUAAACGUGUGUCCAGGUGGUGGGCUGACUCUUGAAGAGACGGCCACCGGUGUUAAAGAAAAGCUUUUUUUUUUUUCUUCUUCUUCUUUGUUUUUAUUAUUUGAAGGUUUGUUUUCUGUUUUGUUGAAAGAAAAGACGGACAAUGCUUGCAAAACUUUUAUGUGUGUCAAACAUAAGCAAAAAAAAUAACCGAAAUUGGACAAAUCAAACAGAGGAUACUCUUCUUUGGUAAUGGAAAAAAAAUACUUCAAUCUUUUAGUUUAAGUAAUUUAUAAAUGUGAGCGUGCAUUGAUGAAAUAAGCAUCUUUUGUGUAACUGCAAAGGAAUGCCUUGGUUGUUUUAUUUCUCUCUGGGGUCUUGUGUCGUGACUAAAGCACACAAUCGCUGUACAUAAGAGAGGCCAAGUAAAGGUGUUGAUUAUCUGCUGACCUUGGCUUACUCGUGUCUAGAGGAUGUGGAUGUGUACAAGGCAGAUAUUCUGUUUUAGAUGUAAACUUACUCGAGAUGAGCAUAAAGAAUAAGAGUUCACCUUGUGAGGUGUUAUGUGGUACAAGUGAUCUGUGUCAUGAAGCAGGAUUUGGGCGUUCAAUAUAGUAUGGGGAAACUCAAACAAUCAACAAGGAAAUGAAGCAAGUCUAAUAUGUGUAAAGAAGUUUUCAGCCCUACUCUGUUCUAUGAGGUGUCUUCCAGUUUGAACCAGUUGUUUUCAGAAAAAAAGCUCAGACUCUACACAGUCUGCUAAUAUGUAAACAUGCCGCUCUUUCCAGCAGAAGUUAGUGAACACCAGUAACAGACCUCAAAGGGAAGUAACAAAAUGCACUCCGUAUAGUAGUAAAGUGUGUCUAAUUUGAUUGCAGUUUUUCCAAAGACUUCUAUAGAACCUGAACUCUUUUUUUGUUUGUUUUUUGGGUUUUUUUUUAAUCACAACUGAGUGCAAGUAUUGGCUCUUCCACAUUGGCUUCAUUUUUUUUUCAGGUCUUGGAGCCAUGUCCAUUUUUUAUAUCAUCUAUAGUUAUCAGCUAGCCUGACAAGCAAGGGGCAUUUAUAGGCCAUAUUUAGCAGAAAUAACUGCUAAAUAAUAGGCAGUUAUUAUUUUUCGCGUAAAUCCAUUAAAAGCAACCUAAAAAGGUUUGAGUGCCGCAAACAUGGUUAAAAGGUCUUUUGGAGCCUGCCUCAGGUGGUCACAUGAGGAGCUGCAGCCGGUGGCAGUUCGAUGUUAGCAGGAUUUUUUAGCCCCAGAGAAGUCCACUUUGUUAUAAAAUGUUGAUUAUGAAGCCUUGUUUCUGAGUGAGUUAUUUAGCCUGUAAUCCUACUUCAUGAUGGUUACUUCAACAAAUGUUUCCAUGUCACAGAUCAAAACGUGAAGCACAUCACAAAUCUUGCAUAUGUUUGACAUUGACAAAGAGAGGAACAGAUGGAAAUCUGAAAGAAGGCCUUUUUGAGUAGAUUGUAUAAUUGUCUUUCCCUGCUCCACACACCUUUGUGAAAGCAUAAGAAGACUAUGAGGUUAUGUAUGUCAAGAAUUUGAGCUAAGCCACUUAGUUUUUGUUCACUGAGGUCUGGUGAUUGCAUGGAUCACACUCAGGGGAUUGCACUAGAUUUUGAAAAGCCCUAAAAUGUAGCAAAAUCUCACUGUUACACCAGGGUGUCGCAUAUAGUACACGCGUCACACGUUACUUUGAGUAAUUGCUAAAUGAUGCAUUUAAAGAUUUGGAAAUAUCCCUGAGAAAAAAAAGAAUAACCUUUAUAACAUUUCUGUGGUCUUCCUAUUUAGAAACUGAAGGAAGCACAUACACCAACAAAAAACAGAUUUAGCCUUUUUAUGUUAAAAGACCCAAAUUCACUUGAUUACUGCUGGUUUGCCUGUCGGUUCAUCUGUCACUUUUCUAUACUUUGAACUGUUCUGUGUAAAGCGAGGCAUAGGGCCGUAUGCAUAUUUGUGGUGUGUGUGCAUGAUGUUUGCAGAAGCAAAUGUUCCGAUGUAGAUCUGACUGUGAUGAAAUCCUGCACAAAAAAUGAGUCCUUUUUAUAUAAUCUUGAGUGGUCGUAUGUGUGCGUGUGUGUCUGAGAGACAGAAAAUGUAUAUACAUGACUCAUGAGCAGAUGUAUGUAAAGGAAUAAACUUAAUUAAACAAAG